AUGAUACAUGCGGAUGGAAUUCAGAUGAUCACAACGAAACCUAAAAAAUUUUAUGUAGUUACAGGAACAAUAUUGGAAUUACCUCCUCCUCUACGUGAAUAUGCUCGGAACAAACUUCUACUCGUAAAUUAUCUGUCUGAAAAUGAGCCUACACCAUUAUUACUCUACGAUCGUCUAUACAUUGAUCCACAACCAUCUCAUUCACACCACAGUUAUCUGACAGCAGCAGCAGAAGCUGAUCGCAAUCAAAAUCAAAUGUCAGUUUUUGGUGUUCAUGGUAAAUCACCUUUAUUAUCAUUGUUUAUUGAUGUUCAAGAAAACUGUCCAUUUGAUUAUAUGCAUCUUUGUUGUAGCGCAAUCGAACCACUUCUUGAUGAAUACCGUAAAGAUAUUUCGGUCGUCUACGGAGAUGACAAACUUCAAUUGUACAGUCUACAUGCUCACAAAUAUCUUCCUCAACAAGUAUUGUCACAUGGAGCUUUAUUUGCCCAUGGAUGCUUCGGUGAUGAAAGUUUUCUUGGUACGUUGAAGAAAAGUAGAAAAGGUAAUAUCAGAAUUCCCCAUCAAAUAUUUAAGUCUUAUUUAUUACGUGAUUCUCAACAAGAUGAAGAACAUACAACAGCUACCACUGACAGUCUAUUCGUGGACGAAAAAAUUUAUGAUAAUUCGUAUUUGAAUCUUAAUGUUCAUCAAGAUUACUUCGCUGAAUUCAAAAAUCUACACCAAAUUCAAUUCAAUCAAAUAAUAAACACUGAUUUUUCAUUAUAUUGUCGUUUUCUGCGUGGCAUAGUUAAAUUUAAUUCGUUACUAUAUAGUCGAAUGGGUUCCCAAUUGACUAACAUCGUUUCCUUCAAAAGUACUCAAUGUCUGGUAAACAAAGCCAAAUGUUUUGCCAUAGUGAUUUGGUAUUUUGAACAGCAGUGUAUAAACUAUGCAUUUAUUAAACGAUUGACAUGCAUGGAUGAUGUUAUAAGAACAAAACGCACUGAUCAAGUUGGACAUAUAGCCCAUGCAUUUAUCGAUCGUUUUUAUAGUGUCGUGGAUAUGAACUCAUUUGAUUUUUCUAUUAUACGUGUAGGACAAAUUUUGCAUCAAUGUGUAGUUAUUCCAUUUUUUGAUUUAUAUUUGUUUUCUGAAGUACUUUUUGCAUAUACAUGUGGUGGACAGGUUUUUGAUGGAGAAUUAACAACUGUCGGUCCAAAAACUUUAUGUGAUAAAUUAAUGAAGAAGUUGAAUGGUCAUUCAACCGAUUAUUUAUAUUCGUCUUUACCAGAAGAAGAAGACGAUGAAGAUGAUGAAAACGAUUAUUUACUAGGUGGAAAAGGAACUCAAAGUACAAGUUCUUUUUAUCUUUUUAGUAUAUACACAACUGUGUUCAACUUCCUCUUCUUUCAAUUUUAGUAAGAAAAAGAAAGAAAAAA